UUAAGUGUGUGUGUGUGCGUGCAUUUGUGUGUUUGUGUGCGUGCAUGCUUGUGUGCGUGGGUAUUUACGCGUGUGUUCGUAUGUGCAUGUUUAAGUGUGCGUGCAUUCGUGUGUUUGUGUGCGUGCAUUCGUGUGUUUGUGUGCGCGCAUUCUUGUGUGCGUGGGUAUUUACGCGUGUGUUCGUGUGUGCAUGUUUAAGUGUGCGUGCAUUCGUGUGUUUGUGUGCGUGCAUUCGUGUGUUUGUGUGCGCGCAUUCUUGUGUGCGUGGUUAUUUACGCGUGUGUUCGUUAGGGAUGCACCGAAUGUUCGGCAACCGAAAUUAUUCGGCCGAAUACCGAAAGUGCUUUUUUUGGCUAUUUUCGGCCAAAUAAUUUCGGUAUAAGUAAAAAGGCCGAAUAAAUUUUGCCGAACAAUGACGUUUUUAAUGACGCGAUCAAAUAGUAACCCGCGUAGAGUGAGAGGCGCGCGCUUUAUGCAGCAAACAUGUCAGCAGUGUGGAAGCACUUUAAAGUGUCAGAGAAAGAGGCAAAAACGGCCGUUUGCAGACACUGUUCUGCUGAAUUGUCCAGAGGGGGUGCAUCUGCAAAAACGUACAGCACUUCAAGUUUAAUUUAUCACUUAAAAUCAAGACACCCCGAACAUCAUGCAGAGUACGAGAAAGACACGGCGGCGGCUACGGCAACAGCAGCAGCGAAAAGGAAAGUAGCUCCCCCCAGUCCUAGAACACCCACUCCAUCUGUGGCUGACUUCUUAGAAAAGGCAAAAAAGUUUGCCAAUGACAGUGCCAAAGCUAAAGGUAUUACUAAAAGGAUAAUGGAAUUCAUCGCAUUGGAUGAUCAACCAUUCUCUGUUGUAGAGGAUGUUGGAUUUCGCAGGCUUAUAGACCAUAUUGAGCCCCGUUACACCAUCCCUAGUAGACGGUAUUUCUCAGACGUGUGCUUACCUGAGAUGUAUAACGUCGUUUCAACUCACGUCCAUGAGCUCUUGGCUACAGACAUUGCAGCCCUCAGCUUCACGACUGAUAUUUGGAGCUCGGAUGUGAGCCCCACCAGUAUGCUGAGUUUAACUGCGCAGUGGAUCGACACAGAUUUCAAGCUACAAAAGAUUGUGCUUCACUCACAAGAGUUUAGAGGGUCCCAUACAGCUGUAGCCAUAUCCGAGGCGUUCGCCAACAUGUUUGACACUUGGCGUAUCGACCGAUCUAAAGUGCAUGCGGUAGUCAGUGACAACGCAAGAAAUAUGGAAGAUAGCGAUCUGAAAGGCAUACGGUGUAUGGCACACACAAUUCAACUGGCGGUCAACGAGGGAUUGUUGAGUCAGCGCAGUAUAGCAGAUGUGAUAGCGAUAGGCAGGAAAAUUGUUGGCCAUUUUAAACAUUCACCACUUGCCUAUGCGCGCCUACAAUCUAUCCAAGAACAGUUCGGAAUGCCACAAAAACGUUUCCAACAAGAUGUGAGCACAAGGUGGAACAGUACAUAUUAUAUGCUGGAAAGCCUUUUUGCGCAAAAGCGAGUCUUGGCUACAUACAUAGCAGAUCAUGACCUGCCCGCGACAUUCACCGCAUACCAGUGGGUGUUAAUCGAGAACGUUCUCUCUCUUCUCGCCCCCUUUGAGCAGAUAACAAAAGAGAUAAGCUCAUCUGAUGCAUCUGUGGCAGACGUCAUACCCUUGCUUGCAGCACUAAAGCGUCUUUUAAACAAAGAGGCUGAAACAGACCACGGAGUGAAAACAACUAAAAGUGCGCUCUUAGAAGCUGUCAGCACACGAUUUAGUCAGGCGGACUCAGAACCCCUGUACUGCAUCGCGACUGUGCUUGAUCCACGAUAUAAAGAUCAUUACUUGGAUGUGGGGAAAAAGCUGCGCACACGAGAAAUGAUCCAGGCCGAGUUGGAUUUGGGAAAGCCGCUAGGUGAUGGAGACGGUCAGGUGAUGCACAGCGCAGGAGAUGAAAACAGCGCAGAGAGUAAACGCGCUCGUACUACAGAUGAGCCGCGCACAGUCUCGCUGUCUGACAUGUUCGAUGAGAUCCUCCAAGAGAAUAACCCAUUUGCAAGACAGAGGACAAGCUCAACCGCUCAACAGUUAGUCCCCAUCCCCAGGAGCAAUAACCCUCUCGAAUUUUGGAGGACCAAUCAAGGCCGCUUUCCCGACAUGGCGCAGAUGGCACGCAGGUACUUGUCUGCUCCAUGCACAAGCACCGACAGCGAGAGACUGUUUAGUGCUGCAUCUCAUGUCAUCGAUGAGAAGAGGAACCGACUUUCAUGUGAGAAAGCAGAGAAGCUACUUUUCAUAAAGAAGAACCUGCCACUUUUCCUGAAGAAGUAGGCCAAAUAGGCUUAUGUCUAGGACAGUUAUUUAUUUGUUGUGGGUUCAUCCACAUUUUUUGCACUAUUCAAUGCACAUUUGUUGUUGUAGACAUACAGAGUUACAUUCUUUCAGCAGUCAGUUAUAGGCCUAACAUAGGCUAUUCAAGAAGGGGGGCUUCAAAGAUGGCCAAAUAAAAAUAUAUUUUUUAUUUGACUAAUUUAUUUAUUUUAAGUUAUAUUGUGCUU